AUGAACGUUGUUUUAAACGAUUGGCCGAAAAUAAGAAAAAAUUAUAAGAAAAUUUUCAUUGAUUCGUUUAUAAAUUAUUUUGCGGAAAAUCCAAAUUAUAAAUUAUUAUUUCCGUCUUUUUCAAACGUGUCAGAAGAUGAUUUACCGUUUAAUCAUUGUUUUAGACUUCAUUGUUUUGCCGUGUAUAAAGCAAUAAAUUUUUUAAUGUCCAAUUGGUUGGGAGAAUACGAAGAAGAUGAUAGCAAAAUACUACCCGUUAUCGGUAAAACUCAUUUCGAUAGAGGUAUCACGUUAGAAAUGAUGAAUCUUUAUAAGCAUUCGAUCGUAUACUCGUGUAAUAAUCAUUUGAAACCGAAUUUGAAAAGAAAAUUAUCAUGGCAAACCGUUUUCGAUCACAUAUUCGAUUAUUAUUUGGGUUCCGCAUAUCCUGCCCCCAUACAAACUGUCGAAGAAGAUGAUUGA